CACACAGACAACAGGAAAUCUCAGGCAAGAAGCAGAAUCAACAGUUUAAUUAAUCGAAGGAUAAUAAUGGCGUUAGCCAUUGCAGCAUUCAACGGAAACUGUUGCUGGCAUUACAGUAACAGAGAGAUGCCUAGAAUUUCAAGGGGGAAAAAUGGUUUUUCCUUAAUGCCAUCUCUUAGAAAUGGCCGCAAUAUUCUGCUAAAAAAUAACAGAGGAAUUCGAGUUAUGUCCCCAGAAACAUCAUCUCCAAGUUUCAAAGUGGAUCAAUUUCUUGAUGCAUGGGAUGAUGAAUAUGGUGGAAUUAUUAUUGAUCCUAACAAUUUACCUUCUAGCGUUAACGCUUUCGCUUCUGCCCUUCGAGCUUCUUUGUCUAAUUGGAAGUUGAAGGGAAAGAAGGGAAUAUGGCUGAAAAUACUAUUGGAACAAGCAGACUUUAUUCCAAUAGCAAUACAGGAGGGUUUUAACUACCACCAUGCUGAACCAGGCUACGUGAUGCUAACUUAUUGGAUUCCCGAUGAGCCUUGCUUACUUCCUUCUAGCCCUUCACACCAAAUUGGUGUGGGAGGAUUUGUCAUCAAUGACAAAAGAGACGUUCUUGUGGUCAAAGAAAAAUGCCCCUGCAGUUGCUCUGGCGUUUGGAAGAUGCCGACAGGUUAUAUUAACAAGUUUGAAGAUAUAUUCUCAGGAGUUAUAAGAGAAGUAAAAGAAGAAACUGGUGUCGACACAAUAUUCCUGAAGCUGGUUGCUUUCAGACACGCUCAUCGUGUAGCAUUUGAUAAAUCAGACAUACUCUUCGUUUGCGUGCUGAAGCCAUUGUCUUAUGAAAUCACAGUAGAUGAGAAAGAACUACAAGCUGCCAAGUGGAUGGCGCUUGAUGAAUAUAUGGAACAGCCAUUUUAUGAAGAAGAUCACAUGUCAAGAAGAGUAAUUGAUGCUUGUAUUGCAGCUCAUGAUGAUCAUUAUAAUGGGUUUGUUGCUCAUCAGUUGACCUCAAAACUUGAUGGCAAACUGUCUUACUUGUAUUACGAUAGUUCAAGCACUUUUUAAUUAAACCCUCACACUGUGAGUGAUUAAUGUACUUGUCUGAAAAUAAAAUAUUACUACUUCGUUUUCAAAAGAAAAAAAGAAAGAAAAAUUUGUGGACACUAUUAUUGUUGUUUUUCUUUAAUGUGACGAGGGACAGGAUUAAUGAA